GCGUCACCCAACACACAGACAGCAGCAGCAGUAGCAACAACAACACUUAUGCGCUGGGAGAGGAAUUCGUCAGGGACAUACAAACACAACACUGAGCCUUUACUGUAACUCUGCACACUGGAUUCAGUGCAGACAACUCGAUCAAUGCUUUGUAUUUUUUACUAUACAACUAUACUUCAAUUUUUACUGCAGUAUGCUUACCUUUAAAUUAUGAGAAUUAAAUAAUGGAUUGAACAGGUGUGAAUGUUCUGCUGCAUGUUAAGUAUUUUGGCUAAGAUUGGUACCAGGGACUUUUCCUCAAUAUUGUCCCUUGCUGACUCCGCUUACCCUGUCUGAUCUCAGUAAACGAAAGCCCCGAGUGAAGUAGCUCCCUUUCUCACGGGGUGUUUGUGAGGAGGACUUGCCAGUGCAGCAGGAUGCCAGCAGCUGUCGGAGGAAUGCUUCCAGAGCGUAACGGAUUUUUGGGAGGAAAAUCUCAUAUUUUUCCAGGAGAAAGUAGUCUCCCGUCCUUCCUCAGCUGUGUUUCCAAGGAAUACCUUCGUAAUUUUCAACACAACAAACGAGUUGGAAAUUACCUUAUUGGAAGGAAACUGGGAGAGGGCUCCUUUGCAAAAGUUAGAGAGGGAUUACAUGUCACGACGGGCGAAAAGGUUGCGAUAAAGGUUAUUGAUAAAAAGAAAGCCAAGAAGGAUUCUUAUGUGACGAAGAACCUGAGACGUGAGGGCCAGAUUCAACAAAUGAUCAGACACCCCAAUAUCACCCAGUUGCUGGACAUACUGGAAACAGAAAACAGCUAUUACCUGGUCAUGGAGCUGUGCCCUGGAGGCAAUUUAAUGCACAAGAUCUGUGAGAAGAAGAGACUGGAAGAAUAUGAAGCGCAGAAGUACAUUAGACAACUGGUCAUGGCAGUGGAGCACCUUCAUAGAGCCGGGGUCGUUCACAGAGACCUGAAGAUAGAAAAUCUUUUGCUGGAUGAGGAGAACAAUAUAAAGCUUAUAGAUUUUGGCCUGAGCAAUUGCGCUGGGAUUUUGGGUUACUCUGAUCCUUUUAGCACUCAGUGUGGAAGUCCAGCUUACGCUGCCCCAGAGCUCCUGUCCAGAAAGAAAUACAGCUCAAAAGUGGAUGUGUGGUCUAUAGGUGUGAACAUGUACGCAAUGCUGAUAGGGACUUUGCCAUUUACUGUGGAGCCUUUCAGUCUGAGAGCCCUGCACCAGAAGAUGGUGGACAAAGAAAUGAACCCCCUCCCUGUCCACCUUUCUCCAGCUGCAGUCAACAUGCUGAGAAAUCUACUUGAACCUGAUCCAACAAAGCGCCCAAACAUUCAGCAAGCUCUAGCUGAGCAGUGGCUUAAUGAAAAUUACCAAGGAAAACCUUUAUAUCGGACGCCUUAUCCAAACAGGAUACACAUGAAGGAGCUGAACCAGAGUGUGUUGCUGCACAUGACUGAGAAACUGGGAUACAAACACAGUGAAGUAGUCAACACAGUGAUAUCCAACAGAGCCUGCCACACACUCACUGCCUACUUUCUGUUAAACAAGAAGCUGGAGAGAUACUUAAGAGAACUUAAAGAAAGAAAAUUCAAGGAGCAAGAGAGAAUAAUUGAACUACAGCAGACACCUUGGAAUAAAAAAAUAGAGAAAAUCCCUGUUGUCCCUAAACAGCACCCAUGUACUCUGGCUCAAAGCACAAAGGCCUUGCUGAUAGACAAAAAACCCCAACGAGCAAUUCAGCAAGAGAGAGCACUUCUGCGUGGUAUUUUAUGUGCUGACGAAGCCAGUGAAGGUGGAUGUGUCACUUCAUGUUCCUUGGAAUACCUGGAGAUGCAGCCUACUUUUCCCAGAACACCACAACCCAUUAGAAGACAAGAAUAUCUCCAGCAGGACAACUUCAGUUUGGGAAGGGAAGACAAGAACCCCCGGUUGGGAAUCGGUUCAGAUCAUUCCACUGAUUCUGUGGAUAGAGAACCAGAACAUACUGAAUCAACACCCUGGUACAAAUUUGCCAGCUCUGCAUUCUCCCACAGGUUUUCAAAUGAAAAACAGUCUCCUGCCUCACAGCCAGAACACACAAGUUCAAAUAAGCCUGUGGUUUACAGCACACAUGUGACCUUAACAGGCAAGGACAAGAAGAGCCCAUUGAAACCAGACAGGAUCUCUUCAGAUUUGACUGUGUCUUACAACAAAGGGACUGGUGAUUCAGGAUGCCCAGGCUGUGUUAAAAACCGAGGGAGGUUCCCAAUGAUGGGUAUAGGACAGAUGCUGAGGAAAAGGAAUCAAAAUGUUCAAUUUAAGACUGAGAAGCCUGUGGAAAUGAACAUGCCUGCCACAGCGCAGUCCUAUCAGGUGCAGAACAAGUUCCGUGCAACGGGGGCUCUGAUGAGUUUAUGCUGAACAAAGCUUUACACAAAGUGGUUAAUGGUUAAAUUAAAAACCAAAGACACAAUAAAAUGGAUACACUUCAAACUA